AUGGACGAUGUCUUUGCCGGGUACUCUGGGAGCGAUGUAGGGCUGGAGCGGACCAAGCAGCUGGUGGAGGAGGCUUGCGGCGGGAGCCAGAGCUGCCUCGUGUGUCUGGAUCUGCUGCUGGCUACAGAUCCGGUGUGGCAGUGCGGAACGUGCUACGCGCUGGUCCACUCGCAAUGCAUUCUGCAAUGGGUCAGCUCGGCACCGCGCAAGGUCAAGCACGCCGACGACGGCUCCGAUUUUAACGUCCUCCCGCUCGAGUGGGCGUGUCCCAAGUGCCGGGCGAGUUACGACAGCGUGCCGGACAAGUACACGUGCUUUUGCGGAGCUGUGGAGAAUCCGGCACAUGAUCCGUGGAUCACGCCGCACACCUGUGGGAGCAAGUGCAUCAAGGAGUUGGAGCCGGCAUGUGGGCACGCGUGCGUGUUGCAGUGCCACCCAGGCCCGUGCCCACCGUGCCCGCAGAUGGUGGCCACGUCGUGUCACUGUGGCGCGAGCAAGCGGACCCGGCGGUGCAACGCCGGACCGUUCUCCUGCGAGGCGGUGUGCGGCAAGGCGCUGGCCGGGUGCGGCCAUCCAUGUGAGCGGGUGUGCCACACGGGGCCAUGCCCGCCGUGCGAGGCGGUGGUGGCCGAUGCCGCGUGCGUGUGCGGGCGCGAGCAGAUGUUGCGUGCGUGUGCGACGCUUCCGUGGCAAUGCGAAGCGGUGUGCGGCGAAGAGCUGAGCUGCGGGCGCCACGCGUGCACCAAGGUCUGUCACUCGAGCAGCGAGCCGCACUCGGCGUGCCCGGGUGCUGGCGUGCGAACUUGCCCAUGCGGCAAGUCGCGACCCACGAGCGAGGCGCUGGCCUGCGAUGAGGCAGUGCCUACCUGCGGCGAUACAUGCGGCAAGGCACUCGAGUGCGGGCUCCACACCUGCUUUGCGUUCUGCCAUGAAGGCCCAUGCCCACCGUGCGACGAGCUGGUGUCGAAAAAGUGCGAAUGUAAGGCGACAGUGGCUGACAUGCCGUGCUCGGAACCGUUCCGAUGCUCGCGCAAGUGCGCACGGAUGCGGUCGUGCGGGCGGCAUGUGUGCAAGGCCAAGUGCUGUCCACCGUCGGUGCCAUGCAAGCCGUGCACCCGGACGUGCGAGCGGAUGCUGCGGUGCGGGAACCACAAGUGCGGCGCGCCAUGCCAUGACGGCCCGUGCUUCCCUUGUCCGCGAUCGGUGACUGUCAGCUGCGCAUGCGGCGCCGAGCAGGUGUCCUGCGGACACGAGUGCUCGGCACCGUGCCACCAUCCUGCGACCAUCCAGGCCUGGGAAGUACACGUCGACACGCUUCGAGCCGAGCUUCGACGCGACGCUGCUGCCGCGGCCGAGGUCGACGAGCGGCUCCUGGGCACGCUCGACGUGCCAGCCGAGUACAUGGCGCAGGUUCCGGUGUCUCCCGCUUGUCCGCCGUGCUCAGCGCGGGUAAUGCGCGGGUGCGUCGGCGGGCAUGUGGCAACCGAGGUGGCAUGCUCGGCGCCGCCGGUGGCAUGCGCCAACGAGUGCGGCGCUGAGCUGCGUUGCGGCCAUCACACUUGCACCCAGCCGUGUCAUCCUGUGGCGAUCGCGAGCGACCGGCUGGACCACGGGAUGGCCGAAAGCCGCGUCGCGCCGCAGGAGUGCCCACCGUGCACCGCAGCUUGCGAGGCUCGGCGGAGGUGCGGCCACCCGCACGUCGACGCCUGUCACCGCGGCGAGUGUCCACCGUGCGAGGUUUACGUGCAGGCCGAGUGUUUUUGCGGCGGACGGGUGGUGGUGAUGUGCGGCGACCGCGAGAGCCCGAGCACAGCAUUGAGCUGCGGACAGGCGUGCGAGCGGCUGCGCGACGGGUGCGGUCAUCUCUGCUCGCGGGUGUGUCAUCCGGGCGAAUGCAAUGACGUGGCGUGUGAGGGUCUGGUCGUGGUGCGGUGCCGUUGUGGGGCGACCAAGGCGAGCGUGAGGUGCGGCGAGGUUCCUCAGGCACCGACGUGCGGUGAAGAGUGCCGCGCAGUGGCGGAGCGCGCAGAAACAGCACGCAAGGCCGCGGUGGCCCAGGUACUGACAGAGCGCGCCGCGGAGCGCGCGGCGCGCGCAACUGCCAAGGCCGAGGCCAAGGCCAGGGCACGGGCGGCGGCGAAAGCCCGGCGGACGCAGGAGAAGCGCGAGGCCGAGGCGCGGGCAGCCAAGGCGGCCAAGGCCGAGCCGCGGGUCAACUCGGCUGUCUCGUCUGUGCAGCGGCGGUACCAGGGCGAGAAUCCGUUUGCUGGGGGAAAGAAGAGCCUUGGCCUCGACAAGGUGUGCAACGCGAAGGUCGGUGCAGUGGCUGCCGCUGUCCUCGGCAUUGUCAUCAUGGUGUGGCUAGCCGCAACGACGGAGCGGAAGUAA